UCGGUGUUACUCGCAGCCCCCUCCCGCCCCUUACAGGAAGGAGCCCCCUGCCCCGCAGACUGGCAGAGCUGCUCUCCAAUACCCGCACCGGCCGCAACUUCUUCCCGGGCCUCAGCCACUCCUGGAGGAACCCCUGGGACCCCCGAAAGUCUGCCCCCCGGAGGGAAGCCUCAGGGACUGGAGAGGAGACCCCCGGGGACCAGGAACUGGGACAGUUCAGGAGAGGGACAGCAUGGAGCUUUUGGCCGGAUAAAACAGCGGAGAAGUCUAAGAUGAGCAGCUUGGCACAAUGUCUUAGCCGGGUGAUGUGUCUUCUCGCUGUGACUGCCGUCUCCGUGUCGCUGUCUUCACAUUCAUGGAAGGAGGAGGGUGUCGUUUAUGGGAAGGUUGGCGACACAGUGACACUGAGGUGCAGCAGCAGACAUGCCAGUUCACAGGUAGAGUGGAGGUUCAAUGGGUCGCCCAACAUCACAUGGGGGUUUGUUAGUACACUCGGGGGCCUCGACCUUCCACGUCUAGGACCUUCCGUGAUGGGAAACUACAGCUGCUAUGACCGGUCCGGGGAGAUGCUGACCUCUGUGAUGCUAAAAGUUGGAUAUCCUCCUGGGAUUCCCUCCGUUUCCUGCCGAGCCGCAGAUUAUCACAACUUUUCCUGUGUUUGGAGCUCCAGCGUGGAGACGUUGCUGCCUACCAGAUUCAUCGCGUCGUACCGGGUGGACAGGGGUAACCCGGAGAUCUGUCUGCAGGACGCCCAACGUCCCAACAUGUGCUCAGUGUGGAGCUCCAAGCUCUGGACGUCCUACCAGAUGAACAUCACCGAGGAGAACCCGCUGGGCUCCAGCUUCAGGAUCCUGGAGUUCACCGUCCAGUCCAUAGUUAAGCCAGAUCCCCCAGAAAUCCUGUCAGCGGAGCCGAUCCCUCAUGCUCCUAGACGGCUGCGGGUCACUUGGGAAUACCCCUCCACGUGGCCCCAGGAGCCACAUUUCCAGCUGAAGUUCCGUCUACAGUACCGGCCUGUACUUCAUAUGUUGUGGUCCACGGUGGAGACGGCCAACCUAUCGGACAUCAUCACCGACGCUUUCAUGGGCAUGGAGCACAUUGUGCAGGUCAGCGCCAGAGAUUUCCUGGAUGCUGGUAACUGGAGCGAAUGGAGUGUGGAAGCCAGAGCCACGCCGUGGACCAACACAGAGGAACCAGAGAUGGCCUCAGACGUCACUAACGAAACCACUACAGAGGAGCCCGAACCUCAAGUCCAGGAACCUAUCGACCCCGUGGAGAAAGUGGCCGUUGUAGUAUCUCUGGGGAUUUUUGCUUUCGUAGUGCUUGUCGUUUUCUUGGCUAUUGGCGCCCUCAUCUGGGUAAGAGUUGGAAGGACAGUGAAAGAUGGCGGAAUAAAGACAAACUUUCUGACAGCCAUUCAUCUGAAGACUCUGCCCAAGAACCAGAUUUUAUAGUCGCCUUGAAACGUCGGAAUUGCCUCCCAAGCAGAUAUGUGACUAAGGCGUUGAGUAUCUUCAGCUCUCCUCAUCUCUAAGGAUAUGAGUUGAAAGAAUGACUUUUGUCAGAAUGGAGAAGUUGCAGUUCAAGGACUGUCCACCAGGCGGCAGACACGCAUCUUCUGUCAGGACGGGUGGACUGUGGACUGUACGGCGGAGGAUCAGAGCAUUCAAUGCAGAGCAUCCUCUUCUUCAGAUGGCAGC